AUGUCCUACCCAUCCUUCGGCGUUGACUCGGCGGUGGUGGAGCCUUCUUUCCAGCAAAACACCCUGCCGCAAGUUCCAUCAAACGAGUGGAUUCCCCCGCCAGCAUCCUUGAGCACAAUCGACUACGACGGCUUGGAUCUCAAUGACGAAAUCUUCUUGAAUAAUCAAAACCCGCCUCCCAUGCGUCCUGAGAAUGAUGGGCCCUCUCUGCCCGUCACCGUUUCAAACUUGAAUUAUACAUCGUUGCAAUCGAACUGGAAUUCCCCAGAACUAUCGUAUGCCUCACCUUUCAAAACAGACACAAACUCACAUUACUCCCACCGUCGUCGUUUCUCCUCUGCCGUUGAGCAGCUCAACAGAAUGUCAAUUCAGCAGCAGAACUUGCUGGCAAGCUCUGCUAAUUCGUACAACUCAACCGCCUCCUAUCACAGUGAUUUUGGCUCGAGCUCAGGACCAACUUCAGCCACCGUAGACUCGAACAAGUCGUCUGUCUCGUCCACUAACAAGCUAGAGCUGGCAGACCAUUUUGCAAAUCCAGGAGCUAAAGAGGAGCGCACGGUCAACCCUCGCGAGCUCUUUGGCAGCUCCAACUCAACCAGCUCCAUCUCUGCUCCCAGUCGCUACAUUUUACCCCUGCUGAUGCUGUCUCCAUCUCUCGGUACCAUUUUCAAGGGCAUGAAUACGAAUUCUAAUGACACUGAUCUGCGCGAGACAAGAGGCGAUCUCCUCAACAGUUUUGAGACGAGUAACUCUUCGGUGAUGCAAUCUCCAGAGGAUCCCCAGUCGACAAACUCGGGCUUUGUCAUGAACGAUGAGUGCGUCAGUGCAAUCACCUACUGGCUCAACAAUACCGCAAAUGUUAUCAAUGACAAGGAGAAUGGGAAAAUGGCUAAUCAAUUCAAUAAGUCCUCCAGGCCCGGCUGGAGAAGGAAUAAUCUGAGUCAUAAUAUUCCGAGUCAUUUCGACUCGAGCCACUCUUCAUUGCAGGCAGCUGUUGGCAGCACCAAUUCCAUACAAAAAAAGAGGAGGCAAAAGUCAUUUAAUAAUGCGAUACCGGAGAUCUUCACUCAUGAGUUAGCAGCUAACUCCUCUUUAACUGGCUCGGGUGAUAAUCCAGCUCUGGAGGUUCCUCGAGACCUUUCCGGAUUUUCUGUUGAUUCAAACAACACCAUGCCCAUGAUUAGUCCUCAGGAGCUUGCUCUGUUCACUCAAGGCCUUGAGCUGGUCCCUGGUCUUGGGCAAGACAUGGUGCAAGAUUUCCUGUCCAGUAUGACGAAGCAAGAACCCGUUUAUCAAUACAACAACUACCUGGGUACAGGUCUGCAACAAGACGGCAAUCAAGCCAAAAUGAUUGAACCUUCCCGUGGUAUUAAUGAUGAGCAUGAUGCUUCACUGUCAAGUCUGUCUCUGGCAGCGAAGCUAGGUUCGACUGCUACGAAUCGUGCCCCUGGAGCUGAUUCCUCAGAAGAAGAACCAAAGCCCUUCCCAUGUCCUGAAUGUGACAAGCAGUUCAAACGUCUGGAACAUUUAAAACGUCACAUUCGAUCAGUGCAUUCAAACAUUCGUCCCUUCCAUUGUAAGUACUGUGAUAAGAAGUUUUCACGCUCUGACAAUUUGGCACAGCAUCUGAAAACACAUUUCAAAGUCAACAACAAUGGAACAACAACGAUAGUGUAUGGGAACCUCAAUCCUCAUAGUCGUGGUCGCAAACGGAGCACUUCUAUGACAGAUGAUCCUCGGAUGAAUGCUGAGGCAUAA